UCCUCUCCUCCAUCUCCUCUCUCACCUACUUAUUAUGUUAAUAUCUACGUUUUCCAGAUUCAUUUUUUUUGAUUUGUACUAUUCUAAAUCCCUAGAACUGCUAAGCUGCUCUGGUUUUUGGGGAUUUUAGGGGCUUGAUCUGGUGGGUUUACGGUCAAAUUUUGCAGCUUUUCGAGGUCCUUUUUGUUGGCUUGCUUUCUGUCGGAAGUUAGAAAAUGUUUUUGGUCGAUUGGUUCUAUGGAGUUCUUGCAUCCCUUGGGUUGUGGCAAAAGGAGGCCAAGAUCCUUUUCUUAGGGCUCGACAAUGCUGGCAAAACGACCUUGCUUCAUAUGUUGAAAGAUGAGAGAUUAGUUCAACACCAGCCGACCCAGCAUCCAACUUCCGAAGAGUUGAGUAUUGGUAAGAUCAAGUUCAAGGCCUUUGACCUUGGAGGGCAUCAGAUUGCUCGCCGAGUUUGGAAAGAUUACUAUGCUAAGGUGGAUGCAGUAGUUUAUCUGGUCGAUGCACAUGACAAGGAGAGAUUUGUAGAGUCAAAGAAAGAGUUGGACGCUCUCCUCUCCGAUGAAGCAUUAGCCGAUGUUCCAUUUCUGAUUCUAGGCAAUAAGAUUGAUAUUCCAUAUGCUGCAUCAGAAGACGAGUUACGGUACAACUUAGGCCUGACAAACUUCACCACUGGCAAGGGCAAGGUAAGCCUGGUUGACUCAAAUGUUCGCCCUCUGGAGGUUUUCAUGUGUAGCAUUGUCAGGAAAAUGGGUUAUGGGGAUGGUUUCAAAUGGCUUUCUCAGUACAUUAAGUAGAUUUUAUUUCUUUGUGCUGAGAAACAAAUUAUUUGUUCAACCUUUUACCUGUCAUUCUGUUGGUAUGAAUCUAUGAGUGGUAAGAUCUGUUUUUUACCUUUUUCAUUUCCAAUUGAAACUCCCCCCACACCAAAAUUUGAUUAUAAAUGUUGUAGUGAACUGGCUACUCUAUUCAUCAUUGCUUCUCUCCCCAUGCACUUGUGGACA